AACAACAACAACAGCAGCAGCAGCAGCAUCGCCAGCACCGGCGUUGCCAUCGCCGCUGCUGCUAAAAGUUACCGAAGCUGCUCCACUUGUUGUCAACGCUGCUGUUAACAGUGACGUAACAGAUUCAACGUUGAUGUAUGCUGUUAAUGCUGUUGCUGCCAGCGACGACAGCGCCGCUGCUGAUAAAAACGAACAAAAUGCGAGCAGCACGCGUCGCUUGCGUCGCACACCGCGACCCACAGAGGAGCUGCCAGAGCAGCAGCCGGAGAAGGAAAGGGAAAAGGAGCUGGUGGAAGUGGAGCAGAGCCAAGAGCAGCUAACUGAGAGUCAGGAGCAGCAGACUGAUGUCAAGAAGGAGCCUGAAAAGUUGAGCAUUGAGCCGCCAGUUAAGCGUGGGCGUGGACGCGCCAAGAAGAUUCGACCAGAAGCGGAACAGCAGCCUCCGCCGCCGCCGCAACAGGAGGGCGCUGAAGAGAGUGAGCGAAAAGUGGGACGCAAACGCAAGCUGGCCGAGGAGGAGCUGCAGCUGAAUGAGCUGCAGAUAAAGACAGAGCAGGAGGAGGAUGCCACGCCCAGUGGCAGCAGCAGCAGCGGUGAUGCCAAGCGCAUGCGCCGCAGCGUGCGUUUGGGCAAUCGCACAGAUGCAGGUCAGCAAUGGCCAGAAGAUGUGAAACUAGAGCCAGCAGCGCUGCCACCGCCAGCAGCUGCAGAGCUGGCACCAACGCUGCUGGACGAGAAGACGCCGCCCAAGAAACGUGGACGCAAAGCCAAAAUACAAGUGCCGCCUGUGGAGGCAGCAGCAGCAGCAGCAACACAAAGCGUAGGCGUAGGCAUGCCGAUGGGCGUGGCCGUAUCACUUACCAACGGCAACAAGCCGCGCGCCACGCUGGAGCAGCCGCUGCCCAAACGCUCCAAGCGGCGCAUCAAGCCCACACCCAAGAUACUGGAAAACGAUGAACUGCGCUGCGAAUUCGAAACGAAGCACAUCGAGCGCAUGGCCCAAUGGGAAGCUGCAGAGGAGUGUGAGGAGGCCGCGGCGGCGACAGCGGCGGCAUUGACUCCCACCAGCUCCCACUGCUCCGCCUCGCGCCAGAAGAGCGAAAAGAGCGAGAGCAGCUUGGAUCAUGCGCAUCCCGCUGGCAGUGCUGCCAUUAAGAAGCGUCUGCUCUUCAAAUCGCAACGCGACAUAGACAACUCGGAUGCAGCGCUGCUUGCCAAGAGUCUGCAGCCAGCUUGUCCCGACUUUGAGCAGUUCAUGAGCGAAAUCAAGGCAGACAAGCUGAAUGCCAAUCGUUCGCCCGAGGAGCGCAAGCUGAACAAGAAGCAACAACGCAAGCUGGCCAAGCAAAAGGAGAAGCAUCUAAAGCAGCUGGGCCUGCGACGCAAGAACGCCGAGCUGGCCAGCGAGAACGACAGCUCCAACACCGACAACGAGGAGUUUGUGCCCACCACGCGGGUGCAUGUGGGCAAGCCCAGCGUCACUUUGCGUCUACGCAAUGCCGCCAAGGAGCUGCAAGCAGCAGCAGCUGCUGCCACGCCGACGCCCAAGCUCACACGCAAGGCCAAAGCAGCGCAGCAGGAUCAGCAGGAUGCUGUGCCCAGCACUUCGGCAGCGGCGGCUGCAGCUGCUGCUAACUCCGCUGCAGCCAUAACAACCACAGCGGGCACUAGAGCCAGAGCUGGCCAUAAGGAAUUUAUUUGUCUCUGCCAGCAGAGCUCGCAGUACUAUGCACGCAAUGCUCCGGACUCCUCCUACUGCUGUGCCAUUGAUAACAUUGAUGAGCAGAAGAUUGGCUGCUGCAAUGAGCUCGCCUCCGAGGUGCACAAUCUGCUGCGUCCCAGCCAACGGGUCGGCUACAUGAUACUCUGCGAUGAUCACAAGAAGCGUCUGCAGUCGCACAAUUGCUGCGCCGGCUGCGGCAUCUUUUGCACUCAGGGCAAGUUUAUGUUAUGCAAGCAGCAGCAUUUCUUUCAUCCCGACUGCGCGCAGCGUUUCAUACUCAACAGUCCCUAUGAGACGCCCACAACAACAACAACAACAGCAGCAGCCACAUCAACAACAACAACAACAACAACAUCAGCAGCAGCUGCAGCAGCAGCAGCCAGCAAUGCCAAUGCCAGCAACAACUUUGCCAGUCCCUUGCUGGUCUUAAAGUGUCCACACUGUGGUCUCGAUACGCCCGAACGCACCUCCACCGUCACCAUGAAAUGCCAAUCCUUGCCCGUAUUUUUGCCAGCUCAAAAAACCAAAAUUAAACCCGCCAAGUUGACCACGUCAGCGCAUCUCAGCCAGCUUGCCAAUCGCAGCGGCGUCGCUGGCAAGACACGCUCCAAGACCGGCAGCCUCAAAGCCAAUGGCACACGUCCAGCCAAAUCGAAUUCAUCCUCUGCCGGCGGCUCAUCGAGCAUUCCCUUUGAGCAGCUCAUACCCGAGUCGGUGAUGAAUGUUGUGCUGCGUGGUCACAUCGUCUCCAGCAGUGGACGCGUCACCACCGAGUUCAGCUCACGCGACAUGUACUACGCCGUGCAGAACGAUGAUCUGGAGCGCGUAGCCGAAAUAUUGGCUGCGGAUUACAAUGUGCUACAGCGAAUGCGUGAAUUCCUCAAUGGUACCUGCCUGCAUCUGGUCGCUCACUCCGGCACUUUGCAAAUGGCCUAUUUGCUGCUCUGCAAGGGCGCAAGCUUGCAGAAUUUUGUGAACAUCGUGGACAGCGAACUGCGCACGGCUCUCAUGUGCGCCGUAAUGAAUGAAAAGUGCGAUAUGCUAAAUCUCUUUCUGCAAUGCGGCGCCGAUGUGGCCAUCAAGGGACCCGAUGGCAUGACUAGCUUGCAUAUUGCUGCCAAACUGGGCAGCCUGGAGGCGGCUCAGCUUAUUGUGGACAGCUAUCGCAGCUCGCAGAAUAUAGCAAACUUUCUGAGCUUGAUUGAUGCACAGGAUGAGGGCGGCUGGACGGCUAUGGUGUGGGCAGCAGAGCUGGGACAUACGGAUAUUGUUAGCUUGCUUAUCAAUCAUGGGGCUAAUCCCAAUAUCUGUGACAAUGACAACAAUACGGUGCUGCAUUGGUCGACGCUGCACAAUGAUGGACUGGAGACCAUAACGGUGCUGCUGCAAGCUGGCGCCGAUUGCAAUGUGCAAAAUGUUGAGGGCGACACGCCGCUUCACAUUGCUUGUCGUCAUUCGGUUACGCGCAUGUGCAUUGCCUUGAUUGCCAAUGGCGCUGACCUGAUGAUCAAGAAUCGGCAUGAGCAGCUGCCCUUUGACUGCAUACCCAAUGAGGAGUCCGAGUGCGGACGCAUUGUUGGCUUCAAUAUGCAAAUGCGUAGCUUUCGUCCGCUGGGCUUGCGCACACGCGUCGUCUGCGCUGAUGCUUCCAAUGGACGCGAGCUGCGCCCCAUACAGGCGGUGCGCAAUGAGCUCAUCAUGUCCGAGCAUGAGGAUGAAGCGGAUGCGCUUAUGUGGCCCGACUUUAAGUACAUAACCACUUGCAUUAUACAACAGAAUUCGGUGCAGAUCGAUAGACGCGUUUCCCAAAUGCGCAUCUGCAGCUGCUUGGACAGCUGCAGCAGCGAUGCUUGCCAGUGCAAUGGCGCCUCCUCGCAGAACUGGUAUACGGCGGAGUCGCGACUCAAUUGUGACUUUAACUAUGAUGAUCCAGCUGUGAUAUUCGAGUGCAACGAUGUCUGCGGCUGCAAUCAGCUAUCCUGCAAGAAUCGCGUAGUGCAGAACGGCAUACGCGUGCCACUGCAAAUUGUCGAGUGCGAGGAGACCAGCAAGGGCUGGGGCGUGCGUGCGCUGGCUAAUGUGCCCAAGGGCAGCUUUGUCGCUUGCUAUACGGGCGAAAUACUCACAGCACCGGAGGCGGAUCGACGCACCGACGAUAGUUACUACUUUGACUUGAACAAUGGCCAUUGCAUUGAUGCCAAUUAUUAUGGCAAUAUUAGUCGCUUCUUUAAUCACUCGUGCGAGCCAAAUAUUUUGGCUGUGCGUGUGUUCUACGAGCAUCAGGAUUAUCGCUUUCCUAAAAUUGCUUUCUUCGCCUGUCGCGAUAUCGAUGCAGGCGAGGAGAUUUGCUACGAUUAUGGCGAUAAAUUCUGGCGUGCCGAGCAGCGUUCCGGCUGCAAAUGCUUGACGGACUCUUGCAAAUAUGCGCUGCAUCCCGAAAGCUCAAAUCCCUCGCCUGACAAUGCCACAGAGCCAACAUCGACAACAAAUGAGGAGCGCAGCUUUGAAGGAUUUUCAAAUGAUGUGCAACAGCAUCACAUUUAAGAAAACAAUAACAAAUGCCAUAUUAAUGCAAAAGUGCCCAAAUUAAUUAGCACUAAUUGCACAUAAACACAGCAACAAAAUGUGAGAGUAUCGAUUAGUGCAUGCAUAGUUUUUGUUUUUUCUUCUUUUUUGUUUAAAUGCAUUUGAUAUGCAAAUAGCUUUUGUUUUU